AUGGACAAGUCCGAUAUCGCCCAUAUUGAAACUUCAUCUGAGUCACACCUGGAGUCACAGGGUUCACCAUUGGGUGCAGGUGGUGGUCUAAGAUUACUCCACGGUGACAAAGUCACAUUGAUUCCCACCCCAUCGUCCGAUCCAAGAGACCCCUUGAACCUUCCACCAUGGCGAAAAUGGAUGCUUACCAUACUAGUGGCUGUCUAUAGCUGCACCGCUGUUGUCAUGGCAUCAGGAAUGGGCCCAAUCUAUUCGUUCAUAGAAGCGCAAUACCCUGGAGAGAAGCGCACGAGCGACCUCCUGACUUACCCUACUCUCUUUAUGGGGAUCGGGAACCUUUUAAGUAUGCCAUUAGCACUCGCUAUUGGCAGGCGCCCUGUGUUCCUAGCCACUUUGCUCUUACUUAUCGUCACUGGUGUCUGGUGCAUGCAGUCUCAGAGCCUGAGUAGCCAUAUUGCUGGGAGAAACCUCAUGUCGCUUGCUGCAGGGCAAAGCGAGGCUUUGUCACCUUUGAUGAUUCAGGAUAUUCAUUUCUUACAUGAACGGGGACGAAAGAUUGGUUGGUUUGUGUUUCUUCAGAAUAUGGCAGCUGGCGGUUUCUUUGUCGCAUCUACGUACAUGGUGUCUUCAUGGGGAUGGCGAUGGUGGUACGGCUUCUUCGCUAUACUGAAUGCCGCUGCCUUUUUAAUCUCCAUUAUAUUUGUAUCGGAGACGGACUUCAGAAGAAAUGUUGUUACAGAUGAUCCAACUACGUCAAAAACGACCGGAAACGAAACUCGUACAGCAUAUGGCAACAUCAUCGACAUAGAACGAUACGGAAAACGAACCUGGAAAGACGACCUUAAAUUGAUAUCAUUCAAACCACACUGGCGGGAGGKUGUCACCUGCUACAAACACAUCCUUCAGGGUCUUUUCACGCCUCAGAUAUUCUGGCUCUUGCUGCUUAACGGCGCUUUUCUUGGAGUCUACGUGUUUCAGUCGGCUACAUUCUCCACAGUCCUCCUCUCUCCCCCGUUCUCCUUUGCCUUCAACUCACUCGGAUACGUUCAAGCAGGUCAGAUCAUUGUUUGCAUAAUUUUCCUCCCAUUGCUCGGCUAUGGAAGUGACUUCGCUAUUCGUACACUUAGUCGAAAGAACAAUGGUAAAUAUCGUCCAGAAUACAGAUUACCAGUCAUGGCAAUCCCCGCCAUCGUCGGAUUGAUCUGCGGGAUUAUCUAUGGCCAAGCAGCAGCAUUUCCACACAAAUGGAAUGCAAGUGCGGUUUAUGUCGCCUACAAUGCAAGCUUUUUUGCCUUUCUCGGUGCCAACAUCGUCGGUAUCACUUAUGCUGUUGAUUCAUUUCCCAGUCGGGCAGCUCCAUUUUUGGUUAUCAUUUGUACUGGAAGAGGAUUCAUCUCAUUCGGAUUGAGCUAUGCGACAUUACCCGCAGUGGCAACACUCGGUUAUGACAUGACGAUGGUUGUGGAAAUGUGCAUUUGCGGUGCUUUAGCGGCGAUUGCUGUGCCGAUGUAUUUCUUUGGGCCGCGAUUGAGGGUUAUGUCACAAAGAUGGUAUAAACUGGAAGGCUGA